UAUCCUCCUGUCUGUGUUUUGACUCUGCUUGUUGAAGCUCUUCACCAUCACGGCACUCUACAAAGAUCAUCCACAUACUUCAAUACUCAAGUUCAAGAAGAGAUUCUGAGAUUCCAGGUGACAAUGAAGUUUGACAACAUUCUGGACGAGGCAGAUGGGUUUGGCCGUUACCAGAUUGCGCUGGUCUUACUGCUGUUCAUACCUCGCAUCACUAUCCCAUGUCACUUCCUGCUGAACAAUUUUAUCGCCGCCAUCCCAUCUCACCACUGUGACAUCAGCUCUCUGGAUGCUGACGGGAUCCUUGGGAAUCUGAGUCGAGAAGAGAAACUUACUGUCAGUGUUCCUACACAGGAAGACGGGACUCCGGCUUCCUGUCACAUGUUCUCCCAUCCUCAAUUCCACCUGCUGAUGAACUCCUCCAGCCCCUCAGAGGUCGCUGUAGUCCAGUGUCAGAAUGGAUGGGAGUAUGACAACAGCACAUUCAUCAGGACUCUCGCCACACAUUUUGAUUUAGUUUGUGACAAGAGGGGACUGGCUAAAGCAUCAGCCACCAUAUUUUUUUUGGGCGUCAUGGCUGGAACUGUGUUCUUUGGAGUGCUCUGUGACAAGUAUGGCCGUAGAAGCAUGCUGCUGGUGUCCUAUGUGUUAUCUAUAGUGUUUAGUGUUGCUAGCGCUUUCUCAAGCAACUACAUCAUGUUUGCUGCCUUCCACUUUCUGACUGGAUUGGCACUGACAGGAAUCACAAACAUAUCAGUUGUGCUCAGUGUUGAGUGGGUGGACACUAAGCAUCGUACAUUUAUGGGCGUGUUCGGCAGUAUUUCCUGGAGUUUAGGCAACAUGCUGCUGGCCGGUGUUGCCUAUCUGGUCACUGAUUGGAGGAUGCUGAUUAUUACCGUCACUUCUCCUCUUCUUCUUGCUACAGCAACCUGGUGGCUGAUUCCUGAAUCAGCGAGAUGGCUAAUAGCCAGUGGAAAGGCAGAAACAGCAUACAAGUAUCUGAAAAAGUGUGCUACUUUUAACAAGAGACAAGAAUUCACAUCAAGAGUCAAGCUAGAGUCUCUGUCCAAUGUAGCAACUAUGGAUCAACAGGAUCACAGUUACACUUACUUAGACCUUGUCAAAACCCCAAAGCUGAGGAGACUCACACUCUUUACCGGAAUAGUGUGGUAUGGAGUUGCUUCUACGUACUACGGCAUCAGCUUAAACAUCACUGGCUUUGGGCUUAAUCUGUACCUGACCCACUUCAUUUACGCAGCCAUAGAGGUGCCGGCAAAAAUCCUCAUCUACUUUACUCUCGACAAGGUCGGCCGUAGAGUCUCUCAGAGCGGGACACUGGUGCUCACUGGAUUUUGCAUACUCAUCAACAUCAUCACACCUACAGAAUACUGGACUUUUCGGACUGUGAUUGCAGUGUUGGGUAAAGGACUUUCAGAAGCUUCGUUCACUACUGUGUUCCUGUACACCACUGAGCUCUAUCCUACUGUCAUGAGGCAGAAUGGGCUUGGCUAUACCAGUUUUAUGGCACGUUUGGGUGCAUCCAUUUGUCCUCUCAUCAUGCUCUUAGAAGACGUGUGGACACUCCUCCCAGAGGUCAUUUUCUGCACGAUAGCCAUCUUUUCUGGUCUCAUCGCUUGGCUUCUCCCUGAAACCAACAACGCAAGAUUGCCAGAAACCAUAGAAGAUAUUGAAGAGACAAGAAAGAAGCCUGUCUAUUUCACAACAGAGGAUCAGAGUAACGUCCCUUUAAAGUUGCCCAUCUCUACAGACACAACGCAUUGAUAUGCAAAUCACUUCAAAAGCACAAAUAGCCAAGCUGCCAUAGUAACAAAGUCUCAGAAGCUGCACUUGACAUCAUAUCCCACCUUUUGUAUAUAACCAGUUAUUAUAUUCACCUAUUGUGCUUUCUAGAAUGAGGGGUUUCAUACAGAGACCGGAACUGAACAGAGAGUUACUGACAGAUUGGGAUGAGAGGUGCUGCAACAAUGUAAAAUAUGUAAAGAAUAAUGUGUUUUUUGAACAUUCAAGAAUGAAAACCUAUUCUAGUAGACCCCCAAAACAAAAUCAAGACUUUGUAAAAGGGCAUAAUGUGACCUUUUUAAGUUCAUUUCCCAGCACACAGCACCAUGGACAGCACCCCCAGCAUUAGUAGGCUAUCUGUGUGACAGACAGCACCCUGGACAGCUCCACAUUUACCUGAGUCAGACUUCUGUUAAUGAGCUGUGGAAGUGGCAACACUCCCCUGUAAUUGACAACUGACACCAAAAACCAAUACAUCACACAUAUUCACAUAUUCAAAAAAAAAAAAAAAAAAUAUAUAUAUAUAUAUAUAUAUAUAUAUAUAUAUAUAUAUAUACAG